AUGUAUGCUGUGACUGGUAGUGAUGAGGAUGACUGUUACCGGUGUUUCCCGCCCGACCCGGGCAUUGGUACUGCCGCGUCAGGUACUAGUGAGGCUGCUGCUCUAGGUGCCAGUGCGUCUGUGCUCUCAGGUGCUGGUGAGUCUGCCCUCUCAGGUACUGUGUCGGCUUCGGCCUCUCACACCUUCACCCUUGACUCUGGAGCGUCUCGCUCCUUCUUUAGGGACCGCACCACUCUCACGCCGCUGAGUCGGCCGGUUGCAGUGUCCCUGGCUGACCCCUCUGGGGGGCCGGUCCUGGCUCGCUUCUCCACUGUCCUCCCGUGUCCGGCGGCCCCCUCUGGCACCCUGACUGGUCUCUACCUCCCCUCGUUCUCGACGAACUUGGUGAGUGGUGCUGACCUCCAGGAUGCGGGUGUCCACCAGUUCACCCCUGCUCGUCAGCGGGUGACCCACUGCACGGAGGAGGAUACAGGUCGCCACCUGGCUACGUUUACACGUCGGCCAGGGUCGAGCCUGUACACACUGACCACUGCUUCUCCUCCAGGUGCUGAGUCUGGUAGGGUCCCUUCGUCUGGUCAGGUGUUUGCUGCAGCGUCCAGGUCUGGUCCUGAGUCUGCCCCCUGCUCGUGUCGUCGUCUGUCUCACGAGACCCUCCUCUGGCACCACCGCCUUGGCCACCCCUCUCUGCUUCGGCUCAGAGGCAUGGCCUCGCGAGUCCUUGUGUCUGGUCUUCCCCGGUCUCUCCCUCCCCUUCCUCCGGGCCCUGGCCCCACCUGUGUCCCCUGUGUCGAGGGGCGCCAGCGUGCUGCCCCUCACUCCUCCCAGUUUCCUCCGACAGAGGCCCCGUUGCAGACGCUUCACAUGGACGUGUGGGGCCCAGCCCGCGUCCGUGGACAGGGUCAGGAGCGCUACUUCCUGCUGGUGGUUGACGACUACUCGCGUUACACCACAGUCUUCCCCUUGCGCAGCAAGGGUGAGGUCACUGAGGUGCUGAUCGACUGGAUCCGCGCAGCUCGUCUCCAGCUUCGGAGGAGCUUUGGCUCUGACUUCCCUGUUUUGCGUCUGCACUCGGACAGAGGUGGAGAGUUCUCCUCCGGCCUCCUGAGUGCCUACUGUCGUGUGCGAGGCAUCCGUCAGACCUUCACGCUUCCGGACUCACCGCAGCAAAAUGGGAUUGCUGAGCGCCGCAUUGGCAUGGUCAUGGACGUCGCUCGUACGUCCAUGAUGCAUGCGGCUGCUCCCCAUUUUCUGUGGCCGUUUGCGGUCAGGUACGCUGCGCACCAGAUCAACCUCCACCCCAGGGUCUCUCGACCGGAGACCUCCCCAGCCCUGCUGUGGACGGGGAAGGUUGGCGAUGCGUCGGCGUUCCGGGUCUGGGGAUCUCGGGCGUUUGUUCGCGACCUGUCUGCGGACAAGCUGUCCCCUCGUGCUUCUCCCUGCGUCUUCCUGGGGUUCCCCCCCGACGCCCCUGGGUGGCAGUUUUACCACCCCACCUCUCGACGUGUUCUGUCCUCCCAGGACGUCACGUUCGACGAGUCGGUGCCCUACUACCGCCUCUUCCCCUACCGCACUCCGUCCCUCCCCCCACCCCCGCUCUUCUUGGUACCAGGUCCCCCCCCGGUAGUCCCCCUCCCCCCUCAGGGUCCUGCCCCUUCAGGUGUGUCCCAGGUAGACGCGGUCGAGCCUGUCGAGGUCACUGGUGACUCUGGUGCUGCUGCGGGAGCUGAGCCUGGGGGUGCGGAGUCUGGGGGUGCUGAGCCUGGAGGUGCCGAGUCUGGGGGUGCUGAGCCUGGGGGUGCUGAGCCUGGGGGUGCUGUGCCUGGGGGUGCUGAGCCUGGAGGUGCCGAGUCUGGGGGUACUGUGCCUGGGGGUGCUGGGCCUGGGGGUGCUGAGCCUGGGGGUGCCGUGCCUGGAGGUGCUGUGUCUAGGGGUGCUGAGCCCGGGGGUGCUGUGCCUGGGGGUGCUUCGUCUCGCCGGGAGCCACUCUCCCCACAGGAGCUGCGUGAGUGGUUUGCCGGGCGCUGGAGGCGUGCUGCUGGUGCUGGUGGUUCUUCGACUGCAGAGGGCACUGCUGCUGCGCGCCCCGCCGGUGCUCGUACUGUGGGUGCUGGAGCUGCUGAGUCUGAGAGUUCUCUUGGAGUUGGUCCUGUUGAGGGUGUUGGCGCUGAGCCUGCCGUUGGCGGCCCGACUGACAGUGCUCCUGGUGCUGCGGCUGGAGGUUCUGGAGCUUCUGGUGGUGCUGCUGGAGGUGCUGCUGGAGUGGGUGCUCCUGCCGGGGCUGCUGGUGCUGUUCCUGCUGUUUCUAGCGUCGCCGCGCGGCCCCGACCGUACUUCGUUCCGCUCCUGCAGCAGGUUCUUGGUCUUACACCUCCUCCUCCUCCCUUAGAGGGUCCGCAGCCUGUCCAGUCACAGCCACAGCUACAGCCUGCCUCCCCUUUGCCUGCUCCUUCUCCCUACGCUGGUCCGACUGGAGGUCUUACUGAGCGUCGUGAGCCUGCGUCUCGUCCUGUGUCGCCUGUUCGUACUGAGCGCGCUAGUGGUCGCGGGUCGCGUCAGCGUCCUCCUCCUGUCCCUGGCACGCACCGGAUGUCACUGCGUCCGUCCACUGCUCCUCUGCGUGCCCCUUUGCCUUCUCCUCCUGCUUCCUCUCUUCCUGCUCUUGCCGACCCGGAGUCGGACGCUCUUCGUGCUGCCAGUCCUACUGUCACGCGUCUCCUGGCUACUGCUUUCACUGACCCCUCCUUCGAGUCGUCUGCUGCGUCUGCCCUUGUCACUGAGCUUGUCGACUUUGCUGCGCGCUGUCGUCUAGACUACGCUGCUCGUCUUGUCACUGAGUCUGAGUCCGCCUGUCCUCCGUCCGUCGGGGGUGAGUGUGCCCUUGGCACGGACGUCCUUGAGGACAGGCAGGAGGAGUUCCGGUGUCUGGCCGCCGCUUCACCUCGUCUCGCGUCUGUACUGCUAGCCCCUGAGGGAGACCCGGAUGCACCAGACAUCCCGACUCCGCGCUCUUACGCGGAGGCGAUAGAGGGUCCCUACUCCUCUCAGUGGCAGGCAGCUAUGGAUGCAGAGAUGGCUUCCUGGAAGUCCACAGGCACCUACGUUGACGCUGUUCCCCCUCCUGGGGCAAACAUCGUCAGUGGCAUGUGGAUUUUCAGGGUGAAGCGGCCGCCGGGUUCUCCGCCUGUCUUCAAGGCGCGUUACGUGGCUCGUGGCUUCAGUCAGCGGCAGGGGGUUGACUACUUUCAGACCUUCUCCCCCACCCCGAAGAUGACCACUCUUUGGGUUCUGCUACACGUUGCUGCUCACCGUGACUACGAGCUGCACUCUCUCGACUUCAGCACAGCUUUCUUGCAGGGCAGCCUGCACGAGGAGAUCUGGUUGCGUCGCCCACCUGGCUUCACUGGGUCUUUCCCUCCUGGUACCAAGUGGAGUCUCCGGCGUCCAGUCUACGGUCUCCGCCAGGCGCCACGUGAGUGGCACGACACACUGAGGACUACGCUCGCGGCACUUGGGUUUGCUCCUUCCACUGCCGACCCGUCGCUGUUUCUGCGCACCGACACCUCUCUGCCGCCGUUCUACAUCCUCGUGUACGUCGACGACUUGGUCUUUGCCACAGCUGACACUGCUGGACUCGCCUACGUGAAGUCCGAGCUGCAGAAGAGACACACGUGCACUGACCUGGGUGAACUGCGCAGCUACCUUGGCUUGCAGAUCACCCGGGACAGAGCACGCCGCACCAUUACCCUGACUCAGUCACACAUGGUGCAGCAGGUCCUUCAGCGCUUCGGCUUCACGUACUCCUCGCCUCAGGCCACUCCUCUGCCUACUCGCCACUCGCUCUCAGCUCUGCCUUCGGAUGAGUCCGUAGAGUCGAGUGGCCCGUUUGCAGAGCUUGUUGGCUGCCUCAUGUACCUGAUGACCUGCACACGACCUGACCUUGCAUACCCUCUUAGCAUUCUCGCACGCUUUGUUGCUCCUGGGAGACACCGACCAGAGCACAUGGCUGCAGCGAAGAGGGUGUUGCGCUACUUGUGCAGUACGUCGGGCAUGGGGCUAGUGCUUGGAGGGCGCAGUCCAGUGGUCCUCACUGGGCACGCAGACGCUUCUUGGGCUGACGACCAGGCUACGCAGCGGUCGUCACAGGGUUACACCUUCAGCCUUGGUUCCGGCUCUGUCUCGUGGCGGGCUACCCGCUCGUCUUCUGUUCUCGGCUCCAGUUGUGAGGCUGAGAUCUACGCUGGGGCUAUGGCUGCACAGGAGUUACGCUGGCUCACCUACCUGCUGACCGACCUUGGAGAGCAGCCUCGUUCUCCUCCAGUCCUGUACGUAGACAACAAGGCCAUGCUGGCCUUGUGUCGAGAGCAGCGACUGGAGCACAGAACGAAGCACAUUGCUCUUCGCUACUUUCUUGCUCGUGAGCUACAGCAGCGUGGACAGCUGCGACUUGCGUACAACUUAUAG